AGCUAAAAGACCCAGCACCCGAAUAUUACAAGACCUGAAGACCAUAUGCCAAGCAAUUCCCUUUUAAACAAAGACGAAGAAGCACUGAGCUGAAAGUCGUUUAACCUCCGGUCAACGUCCCCGGCGAAUCUCUAAUGGCUAACAGACACACUAUCAUACUCAUGCAGACUUCUCAAAACAGAGCAACCCGAACAUUCAUGGAUUAUGAGUCCAUAAGUCAAGCAAUGGAUGGUAUUUGUGCACUAUAUGAAAGGAAACUGAGGGAAUUAAGUCCAGCCAUGAGAAAUAUAACUUAUGACAUUGAAGAUCUCUAUAAUUUCAUAGAUGGACUUGCUGACAUGAGUGCUUUAGUUUUUGAUCACUCUAUCCAGGCAUACCUUCCGAAUGACAGACAGUGGAUCAGAAACAGGAUGUUUAAUCACCUUAGAAAAUUGGCGCAUUGAUAAAAAUUUGGUGUUACAAUACACUUAUUUGUGGCUUAAUUUGGAAAUUUGUAUGUUAUAUUAUAAAUAGUUUGAUCCAAAAAAAACGUAUUCGUUUCAAAUUUUGUACAAUUUGGUAAUGGUUUUUUGUGGCUUGAUAAAUAGUUUGAUCAGAAAAAAAAAAUUAUGUUUUGUUA